CUUUUCUAUUUCCUUGUUUUCAACUGUUUGACCGUCGGGUUUCAGCUGAAUGUGGUAAAAUGUCUGUGACUGUGGAAGGAAACAAGGUUUCUGGAAGAAGGAGACGAGAGGACGGAGAGGAGAGCGAUGGUGUCAGCGGGAAGAAGGACAGACCGGAACCCAGUCGGUUGGAGUCUUGUUUGGAUCAACCCAUGGAUUCAAGCGGGAUCCAUGAACUUGUCAAGUAUACACCCUCGCAGCUAGCAGCCAAGCAUUAUGAUGCUGACACCACCGAGCCAAUCAGCUGUGGUCUUCAGACUUUAGAGGAGCUUUUGACAUGGAAACGAAGCGAGGCAAACCCUUUCAAUGUGGCAGUCGUCCCUCUGGCAACUCGGGAGCCUCCCCUGGCCAGUACUUCACGUCGGACGCUGGUGUCUCAUGACAUGAUGGGCGGCUACCUAGAGGACAGGUUUGUCCAAGGGACAAGUGUCGAAGCUCCGUAUGCCUUCUACCACUGGCAGUACAUUGAUAUUUUCAACUACUUCACGCACAACAUGGUGACUAUUCCUCCUGCUGUGUGGACCAGUGCUGCACAUAAACAUGGAGUCGUCGUUAUAGGGACUUUCAUCACAGAGUGGAAUGAUGGAGCCAAUGCGUGCGAAGCCUUCCUGAAAGAUGAGGAGGCGUAUCGGGCAGUAGCUGAUAAACUAGUCCAGAUUAGCCACUAUUAUGGCUUCGAUGGCUGGCUCAUUAACAUAGAGAAUACCCUCAGUGAAGUUGCAGUGAAGAACACACCUUUGUUCCUGCGCUAUCUGACCGACCAGAUGCAUGAGCGAGUCUCUGGCAGCCAGGUGCUGUGGUACGACAGCGUGAUCGAGAGCGGACAGCUACUUUGGCAGAAUGCACUCAACCAGUCCAACAGGAUGUUUUUCGAUGCCUGUGAUGGUUUCUUCACGAACUACAACUGGACAGAGCAGAACCUGGAGGAGAUGAAAGAAGACAGUGGGAUCAAAGGCCGUGAGGCUGACGUCUAUAUCGGGGUAGACGUGUUCGGCCGAGGCGAAGUGGUAGGAGGAAUGCUUGAAACUAAUAAGGCUCUGGAGAUCAUCAGGAAGCACAACUUCUCUACAGCCAUCUUCGCUCCAGGCUGGGUGUACGAGAGCCACGAUGAUAAGACUGAAUUCCGCAAGAACCAGGACAUGUUCUGGGCUCUUUUGUCAGACUACCUGUACAUCCACCGACCAGCCUCGCCUCUCCCCUUCAUCUCCUCCUUCUGCCAGGGCUUCGGGAAGGCUCUCUACUGGAGAGGAAAGCACGAGACUGAGAGGAGCUGGUUCAACCUGGCUGCCCAGGAGAUCCAGCCCUUGUACUACCAUACGGAGCUGGAGGACCAGGGCUGGCUUAGAAGCCGUGGCUGCCCACAGGAAGCCUGGAACGGAGGCUGCUCACUGCUGCUCGAGGGCCUCAUCCCUGCCUCUCAUACAUCGACGGUUUCUGCCAACAUCUUCUCCCUCAAUAUACCCCUGCCAUCCAAGAUCCUGGUGAGCUUCAUCCAUAAACCAUCUGCUGGGAUCAGUGUCUCCCUGGAGCUGAAGACAACAGAUACCAGUCUGUGCAUGGACAACCACAAUGUCAAACUCACCAGAGUGCAGCCGGAGGUGUUGGAUGAGGGCCACCAGCUGGUGAGCCUGUUCUCUCAGCUGUGUGGAAACAUGAACCCAGGCGGUUGGACAAUCAGGUGUUUGCAGCUGGAGCUCCGUGGCUGUACUCUUAGAGAAGUUGGUGUCAGCAUCCAACGGAGGGGAGACCCUCAGGACACGCCUUUUAGCUGCAGGGUGGGAGAGAUUAUGCUCCUGGAUGUAGCCCGUCUGCAGGUUCCCUCUGAGCUGGUUCUGGGUAUGUGCAUUUAUGAUGUGGUGUGGCUUCGUGGUGUUGGUACCUUGACAGAGUCCACCUCUCCUUGCCUGCACCUCAACGCCACUCUGCGCUGGGACUACUCGAGCAAGACCGUGCAGCACUUCAGGGUGUACUGGCGCCGGUUGAGGGGACCUGAUCCCCGAAUCCCUCCAGGUCAGCUGGUUCUGUUGGGACGUGCGUAUUCUAAUCUGUUUAGGGUAACAGAGCUGGAAGUGCCGAAGCCCCCUGGCUUACUGGAACUGGUGGUGGAGCCAGUGAGCAGGAAGGGCUUUCUGGUCCCAGAGAGUCAGUGGGGAAGAAGAAGCCUCAGCUACUCAGCAGACGUCACACAAUGACUUUACAUGAACGUUACCAGGCUGCUGUUUAUUAACCCUAUCGCAAAUGUUUCUAUAAAAAUAACUGAUGCAAAACUCAAUAUUACGAAGUUGGAGCUCUUUGGUUGCCGAAAAGUUUUCAGGCUUGGUUAAACAAAAAAUUACUCAGGCUGCCUUUGAUUUUAGUGGAGGUGCACAAGUGCAGACACCUAACAGUAAUCGUCAUCCACCAAAAAUGGAUUAUUACCCAGUAUGUAUAUCUAUCUAUCUAUAAAUAUAUACACACAUAGGGGGUUACCCUAACCCUCAAAAAAUCAAGGGAAAACUGGACUGUUACAGGAUAGCGGAGAGCUGGACAGGGCCGUAGAAGGACAUCAACCCAACAUGAUUUAAGUGUUCUCUUAAUUUUUUGGAGCUAUAUAUAUAUAUAUAUAUAUAUAUAUAUAUCAUGCAAAACUUUGUCCAUCUAUGUUUUUCUUUUACUUGUAAGAGAACACGCCAAAGAAACAUUUCGGUUCAUUGCGUAAUCAGGUCUGAUGUUUACAUGAUUGUAGGCAAUACUAUAACAUUGUUUGUUUUGCAUAAUUAUAUAGAUUUGUCAAAUUCUUUAUGCAUUAUUAUAAUGUAUACAUGUAUAUUCAAUAUGAACAAUAUUGGAUGUCAGUUAAGUAUCUUUUUCUGCAUUGUUGAUAAGUAUCAAAAAUAACUUAAUUUGAAUUGCCCUUUCCAAGAUCUCAAGAUUACAAAGUGCUUUUUUAAAAAAAAAACAGCUGUGGAGCAUGUGCGGAGCAAGAGUAAAAGCAAUCAAUAUGUGGGCCUCUGUGUGUGUGUGUGUGUGUGAGGGCCUUCAGUGCUGGGGUUUUCCUGUAGCCUUCUCCAGAUCCGUGCCUCAACACAGUCCCGUCUCUGAGCUCCUUCGACCUCAUUAUUUCCAAUUGACUUGAUCACAGGUGGCCUCCGGGCAAGAUGUAGAAACAUCUCAAAGAUGUCAUAACAAAGUGUCUGAAUGGGAUGUUAGUUUUUCCUUUUUAAUAAAAUUGGAAAAACUCUG